AGCGGACUUUUCCUCCAACAGCAGCUGAAACCGCAGACAUGGGAUUAAAUAUCACCGAGCUGCUGCGCUGGAUGGACGCCUAAGGUAGCGUUUAGAGGACGGUACCAGCUUGUGGAGAUUAAGAGAAUUCAGUGGCCAUGCCGUGCGUCCAGACCCAGUGCGGCUCCUCUCCGCAGGGAGCCAGUCCAGCCUCCCAGAGCGCCGGCGGAGAGCGCAGCUGCGACUUCCUCACGCCGGAGUUUGUCAAGUUCAGCAUGGAUCUGACCAACAGCGAGAUGUCCGCGGCGGCGUCGGGCUCCGGCUUCGGCCCCUUGGCGGACACCUACGGCUCCGGGUACGACGUGAAGCCGCCGUGUCUCUUCCAGAUGCCCGUUCAAGCGGAGCUGCCGUGCGUAAAGGUGGAGGACGCUCACGGGUGUCCGCGGUACCAGCCGAGCCAGCAUCACCCGCAGGACGAGCUGCUCUCCUCCCCGAGCUCCGUGUACUAUUACCGCUCUCCCUCCCCGCACUCCUCCAUCACACCCAACUUCCAGACCCCGCCGGGACACAUGUGGGAGGACUCCGGCUCUCUGUACAGCUUCCGGCAGGACUACUUGGCGGCUGCGGCGCACAGGAAAAACGCGCUGUCCAGGUUCUCGCUCUUUUCCCUCAAACAUGCGCAGCAGGGAGCUCAGAGUUUGUCCGCCUGCCAGGUGAAGUUUGACGGAUCCCUCCACGUGUCCAUGAACCUGGACGCGGGAGGAGCGCACCAGCCGCUGGACAGCCCGGGUCUGGGGAAGCAGCCCGGGGUCGGGUUCCCUCACCCCCUGCAGCUCGCCCACGGCCACCACUUUGUGGAGUACCAGAGUUCCGGGGCGCCGGGCAGAGGAGCGCUGAGCCCGGAGGGGCUGUGCGCGGUGUGCGGGGACAACGCAGCCUGUCAGCACUACGGAGUCCGGACCUGUGAGGGCUGCAAAGGCUUCUUCAAGCGUACGGUGCAGAAAAAUGCCAAGUAUGUGUGUCUGGCCGCCAAAAGCUGCCCGGUGGACAAACGCAGGAGGAACCGAUGCCAGUACUGUCGCUUCCAGAAGUGCCUCGCCGUGGGGAUGGUCAAGGAAGUUGUGAGGACCGACGGUCUGAAGGGUCGGAGAGGUCGCCUCCCGUCCAAACCCAGAGCUCCCCCGGACUCGUCUCCGGCCGGCAGCAGCCUCCUCGGCGCCCUCAUCAGGGCCCACGUGGAGUCCAACCCUCCGCCGUCUCGCCUCGACUACUCCAGAUUCAAGCAGAGUCCAGAGAGUCCGCCGGCGGACGACGCGCAGCACGUCCGGCAGUUCUACGAGCUGCUGACCAGAUCGAUGGAGGUGAUUCGAGGCUGGACGCAGAAGAUCCCCGGAUUCACCUCCCUCCCAAAACACGACCAGGACCUGCUCUUCUACUCGGCCUUCCUGGAGCUCUUCGUCCUCAGACUGUCGUACAGGUCGAACCCAGAGGAAGGGAAGCUGAUCUUCUGUGACGGCUCGGUGUGGCACCGGCUGCAGUGCCUCCGAGGCUUCGGCGAGUGGAUCGACAGCAUCGUCGAAUUCUCCGCCAAUCUGCAGAGGAUGAACCUGGACGUCUCCACCUUCUCCUGCAUAUGCACCCUCGCCCUGGUCACCGAGCGUCACGGCCUGAAGGAGCCCAAGAAGGUGGAGGACCUGCAGAACAACGUGGUCCGAUGCCUGAAGGACGGCGGCUCGACGGACGGAGGCUCCGGCUGCUGGUCCAACCACCUGUCCAGGCUGCUGGAGAAGCUGCCCGAACUGCGCACUCUGUGCAUCCAGGGCCUGCAGAGGAUUUUCUACCUGAAGCUGGAGGAUCUGGUGCCGCCGCCUGCAAUCAUAGAUAAGUUAUUCCUCGACACGCUGCCCUUUUAGAGCCGCUCACGGGGACGCUUUUCUGCGGUUUUCUCAGCGGCGGCGCCUCUUUUGCUUCAAUCCCAGCAUCCCUUUCUGACUAUUCGGGCUUUGAGAGAACAUUUUUAAAACUAAUACUGAGCCGGUAAAUCACGUUUUUAAGAAGCAGAAGCAAUUCGUUUCAAGAAUUGUGGCCACUUAACCUGUAAGCAUGCUGAUCUCUUUCCCUAGUUUCACUGCGAGACUGAAAAACGUUGAUUUUUUUUUUUUUUACAUCAUUAUUAUUAUUAUUAUUAUUGUUUACAUUGUGAGUGGAGCUGCCCGUCAGGCCAAAGUGAUGGACUGUGAGCGGAACAAACGAUGUGUUCAGCAGGUGAGCAGCCUUAUUUUACACUCCUCAGCUUGUAUAGAUGCGUUUUGAUACGAGAUGAUCCGCCAUGUUUAGGUUGUUCCUUCUAACACAUAUUAGUCACAUAGUGGUUCAGACCCUCUCACGGUCUGUUGUGUUCUCACGGUGAGCUGUCAUUGUCCAUGCUUUAAUAAAGAAAUGACUGGAAAUUAAG